CCGGCGCAGUUCAACAAUGGCUGAAACGAAGGCUAGAUGUCACUGCUCUGUUCCACUUUGUAAAUCGAACAAACAACGCCAACCCUACUUAAGUUUCCAUGGAUUCCCGACUGAAUUGAGUCUAAGGAAGAAGUGGAUUAAAGCGGUUCGCCGGGAUGAGGGGCCAAACUUUAAAAUAAAACAAGGUAGCACGUUUGUUUGUAGCCGGCACUUUAGUGAAUCAGACUACACUAACGCUACAGGUAGUGCUAGCAGGCUAGCGUUAGCUGACGUGGCUAACUUUACCAACCGAGGUCGCAUCAAGCGUCUGCAAAUCGGUUCUGUGCCCUCCCGUUUCCAGUGGAACAACUGGGGACUGCCAAGAAGGGAGUCUGCUUAUAAAAGAGCAUCAACUCGCUUAGGCCAUGACGUUUGUCCAGCCCUUCCUCUGGAGCAGCCCCUACCAUGUGAGGAAGAGGCGAUGGAGGAGGUCGCAGCUUCGGUGGUGAUGACAGAACAUGAUUACGGUUCUGCUCUUAAACCAGGUGCACUGGAUGCUGCUGCUGCACACAUACAGCAACUGGAAGACAAAAUCAAGGAGCUGACAACAGAGCUGUCACAGCUGAAAAGUUGCUGCAGGCCUGCAAGAGAAGGUGCUGGCUGACAUGUUUCAGGUCAGUGUGUCCACUGUCUCCCGUGUUGUUAUAACGUGGGCCAACUACCUUUACCUGCUCC